AUGGGAAAAGGGCCUAAAAUACACAUGAAAAAACUUUUCUUUAUCAAACGAUGUGUAAAAGAAGAGAAUGAAAUGAUCAGCGACCUAGAUUUUGACGAGCCCAUCAAAGAUAAAUCUGAUCAUGAAGUUAUUGAGAAAUUCUCCCGCGAAAAGAACAUCACUGGAUCACUAAUCGAAGAAAAUUACGAUGUAAGGUUUGUUUGGGAAAAAGUUGACCGUUUGGUAGCAUGUAAAAAUGUACUCAAAAAAGUUGCUAAGUGUAUGAUUUGCCGUGCAGAAAUAUAG